CUUUUCAGCUGUAUAACACUGGAAUGUGUUUAUUUUAACCUGAGCGUUCCUUCUCCGGCCUUAUCAGCUCUCCUUCUCUAUUCCUACACAGCCCUUAUCACAGAGGUAUUUAUUUAUCAUUCUUUCUUUGCAGGCGAAUACCCUACGCAGAAAGCAAGACUCAAUAACAAUAACGUGCAGGUGCUGGAGGAGAGGCUGAAGGACAUCCUGUUCUCAUUUAGCAGCGGUGUUGUUAGUUGGGGUGACAUGAAGGAUUUCGUUCUAUUUUGGAGAUAUUCAGAUUUCUAAUGCAGCUGAACUUCCAUAGCUUUUUUUUUUUUUUUUCUUUUGCAGCACAGGUUUCAACAAAUGAAUUUUUCUUAGACAAAGAUGCAGAACCUGGCACCAGUAGAAAAUCUUACUGAUACCGACACAUUGCACCAGAUGUCUCCGAAAGACCUAGCAGCUGGAGCAGGUGGUACGUCUCCCAAGGAAAGGGACUGUAACUUGAACGAAAGGACAAGUAACGAUGAAAUCAUUAAUCUUGAAGUAACGCAGCAAAGCCUCCCUGUAAUGAGCAGCAAAGGGGGUUGUGAGGGGUUUUCUGUGAGCGCUUACAGUACCUCAGAACCCAGCGGUUCCUGGGGUGAUUUUGAAGGCUUCAAGGAGUCCUUAGAGAAAACAAAGAGAUCCAGUCACAAUCUUGAAGUUUUGGUGAAAUCAAUAAAAACUUCUAGAGUUGAUACAGACUUAAGCAGCGGACGUUGUAGCACUUCGGCCCAUCACUCUCAUUCUGAGCCAUCUCCACACAGUGCGAUACAGGAGGCUUCGAGCUCUCUAAAGGAGGCAAACCACAGCUGUGAGGAUAUAUUUAAGUUGAGUUUUCCAGAAGUCUUUGUAUCACAGUCCAGAGAGAGCGUAAGAAGCUUAGAUCAAGUACUUGAUACAAAAAAUGAAGAUGUUUGGAUUCCUGAACUUAUGAAGAAUCAACUUUGCAUUGAUUCUGAAAACAUAUGGAGAACGCUUAGACACUUUGGUAAUACCCCCAGCUUAAGACAGCCCUGGAGUAAAACUCAUUGCCAAGAAAACCUCUUGAGUGUUCUUGGAAUAGAUGCAAAUCAAAAGGACUUCUUGGAGAGCCAGGAUGACAUUUUUGAGGAAUCGAAUGUCAAAGAUAAUGAGGACUUCAGAUGUGAUGGCUUCAGUAUUAACGACUGCAAAGCACUGAUCCAGACCAAGCUUUCUGUAUCACCAGAUUCCAGACAUGGUAAUCUUUUCACCUGUAACCUCUUUUUGAAAACAACAUCGUCAAAUGGAGACAUGCAAUGUAUAACAAUCCCAAGGAAGAAGCACAUUUUCCCUACACACAACCUAAAAAUGAAAUUUUUCAGUUAAGAUGUUUCUUGAACCAAAUGCACCUUUUUUUUUUCUUUUUGAACCAAAUGCAAUUUACCUUCACUUUGUUACUAGCUUGAUACUAUAGACUAUGUAUGUUCUUUAGGAAAGUGAGAUACUACUGUACAUGAAGUACCUAAAGCAACGUUACUAGAAGAUAUUUAUCCUAUUUAGUUAUGAAGUCAAAGGUGUAAUUUUGUCCUAAGUUUUGCUCCAGUCGUGUCUCUUACAGUAAAUCCAGCUGCAGUCCCACUUUAAAGAUACUCUGGACUACUCUCCUGAACUCCUGACCUUUCAGGCCUUAAUACCUCUGAUGGAAAGACUUGUUUCCCUGCUGAAAUCUAAACAUACCUCGAGUGUGUUGUAAAGUGUGCCUUGUCACCAGCUCUCCUGUUUGAUCCAGUUUGGAUCAGCUGAAAUCUUUUACUUUGCCACUCCUGGAUAUCAUGAGAGAAACCUUCUACAUCUGGUGGCUUUCACUGGGGUUGAGGAAAACAAAACCGGUUUAACUUCUGUCUGUUAAAGCCUGCUGUGGUGACAGGGGUCGAGUCCGUGAAACGUUUUGUUCAGGCAUUGGUUUUUUAACUGAAAUAAAUUACCUCUCUGAAGCCGA